AUUUGGUUGGCAUUUACAGCACUGUUAAGUUAACAGCAUGUUGUUUGCUUCACAACACUACUUGUCAGUGUUGCCAGACUGCUUGCAAUUGAACACAGCAAUUCAGGCAACACGUGCGACCACCGUAAACAAAAUGCAUUGCCUGUAAACUUAAUUUCAUCACAAUUUUGAAAGUCGGAAAAGUGAAAAAAUGUCGCGUAUUAUAGUUAAACAAUUGCCCAAGCAGAUCAGCGAGGAGAAGCUGCGCAAUAUUUUUGGUGCCAAAGGAACAAUCACAGAUUUGCAACUGAAAUAUACGGCCGAUGGCAAAUUUCGGCAAUUCGGUUUCAUUGGUUACAGCAGCGAGGCCGAGGCUGAAGCGGCCAUCAAACACUUUAACAACACUUGCAUUCAAACAAGCCGCGUAAAGGUGGAAUUAUGUGCAUCGCUGGGUAGCGAGGAGAAGCCACAAUCGUGGAGCAAAUACGCCAAGGAUAGCAAAAAGAAUCUGGAAAAACAGAAGGCAGCUGAGCAGCCUGCAGCAGACGAGGAGGACAAGAAACGAGAAAAGAACAAGCAGUCUAAAGUAGAUACCAUACUGGGUAAGCAUAAAGAUGAUCCGGCAUUCCAGGAGUUUAUGCAAGCGCACGACAAGACACGCUCGUUGUGGGCCAACGAUGCGGGACUAAACACUGCCGAAACAGCCAAAGAUGAUGAUGAUGAAGAUCAUGAGGAGGAGAAGACGAAUGCGGUUGCAUCAAAGGGAAAAAGUGCCAGUAGCAACGUUGAUGCUGCAGCGGAAAAGGAAUCAGAUGAGGAGAAUGACGAUGACGAUGAUAACGAGGAGGAGGAAGAGGAGACUGGCGAAAAGUUGGCCGAAAAACCUAUCAGUGAUCUGGAGUACAUGAAGUCCCUGAUGGCGGGCAAGCAAAGCGAAACCUCAACAGCCAAGCCAAAGGCACAAACACCGAAAGCAGACAAGAGUAAUUUGGAGCUGUUUACCAUCAAGAUGCACAAUGUGCCAUACAACAUAAAGCGUCAGGAUGUUAUCAAGUUCUUCAAGCCACUCAAACCGUAUUCUGUGCGUUUGCCGAGCAAAGUGCAUGGAUUUUGCUAUGUGGGUUUCAAGACGGAGAAGGAUAUGGCCAAGGGCAUGCUGAAGAACAAGAGUUUCAUCAAGGGUAAACAGGUGUUCUUCUCUGACUUUACCGAAAAGAACAAGCUGACCAAGGCGAAUAAAAAUGGUGAAACUGCAGCUCUUGGCGAUGCGUCAGCAAGUGGCAGCAAUGCCAAGUGGAAGCAACAGCAGGAUAGUUUGCGCAGCGAGGAGAACAUCUCGGAUUCCGGCCGCAUCUUCUUUCGCAAUCUGGCAUACACCACAACGGAGGACGAUCUCCAGCAGUUGUUCAAACAGUAUGGCCCUGUGGUCGAGAUCAAUUUGCCAGUGGACAAGAUUACGCGUCAAAUCAAAGGCUUUGGCACCGUUACAUUUAUGAUGCCCGAGCAUGCGGUGCAAGCCUUUAAUGCGCUCGACGGCAGCGAUUUUCGUGGCCGACUGCUGCAUCUGCUACCCGGCAAGGAGCUGGACAAUGCCGCCGACGAGCAGCGGGAUAUCGAUAACGAUGCCAGUCUUUCGUUUAAGCAGAAAAAGGCGCUGAAAUUGAAGCAGAACGCACAGAAACCAAUUGGAUGGAACUCUUUGUUUCUGGGCGCCAAUGCUGUGGCUGAUCUGCUGGCUAAGCAGUUCAACACCAGCAAGGAGCGCAUCCUGGACACCAGCGAAGGUGGCAGCAGUGCUGCCGUUCGCCUGGCGCUCGGCGAAACGCAAAUUGUCAUCGAAAUGAAAAAGUUCCUGGAGGAGGAAGGUGUGCGUCUCAGCGCCUUCGAUGAACCCAAUCAAAAGCGCUCCAACACUGUGAUAUUGGCCAAGAAUUUGCCCGCUGCAACCGACAUCAAGGAGCUGACGCCGCUGUUUAGCAAAUUCGGUCCGAUCGGACGCAUUGUGCUGCCCCCAAGUGGCGUCACAGCGCUCAUCGAGUUCUGCGAACCAUCCGAAGCACGACUGGCCUUCAAGAGGCUGGCCUACACCAAGUUCAAGAGCGCUCCGCUGUAUUUGGAAUGGGCGCCGGAGCAUACGUUCACAAAGACACUGAACGGCGAAGCCAUUAUACCGAAGACCGAACCCAAAGAAGAGCCCGAAGUCAAGCAGGAGGAGCAGAAGAAAGAGACUGCAGUUGCAGAAGAUGAGGAUGAUGAGCCGGAAGUGGAGACAACCAUUUUCUUGCGUAAUCUCAACUUUAAGACGACGUUGGAGACAGUGCGUAAGCACUUUCAGCACCUGGGCACCAUUCACACUGUGGAGAUAGCCAAGCGCAAGGAUCCACAGAACCCACGAGUCCUCAACUCAAUGGGCUGUGGCUUUAUACAGUUUAAGAAAGCAGCAAUCGCCUCACGCGCUCUCAAAGACAUGCAAUUGACCCAAAUUGAUGGGAAUCUAGUCGAGCUCAAGCGCAGCGAUCGUGUGCUCAACACUCAGAUUGAUACCGGACGUCGUCGCCAGGUGGAGAAGAAGCAACAGAAUGGCACCAAGAUUCUGGUGCGAAAUAUUCCCUUCCAGGCGAAUUAUCGCGAGGUGCGCGACAUAUUCAAAGUUUUUGGCGAGCUGACGUCACUGCGCAUGCCCAAAAAGAUGACACCUGGCGAGGAUUCACAUCGUGGCUUUGGCUUCGUUGACUUUGUCAGCAAAUCGGACGCAAAGCGCGCCUUUGAUGCCGUAGGCGCCAGUACGCAUUUGUAUGGACGUCGUUUGGUACUGGAGUGGGCCUCCAAGGACGAUCAAAACGAUGUGGAGGAGUUGCGCAAGCGCACAGCAGCCAAAUUCGAUAAUAAUCAGGCGGCAGUAGAAGCAAAGCGCAGCCGUCGUGCCUUCUUCGAUGUCGAUAGCAAUGUUCAACCGGUGGCUAACGAGGAGGACGAGGAAUAAUAGUUUUUAGCAAGGAUAACUAUAUAGGACAUAAAAUGUACAUUAUCUAGAUAUGUAUCUAAAACAAGAGAAUAUAAUUCGUUAACUGCUUUUAAUGUAA